UAUUUAUAUUUAGUUCAUUCAAUAAGGUCAACGACCGCUUCUGUCAAAUGUGUGAGGCAGUCUGACAAUUUACUUAGAUUCUUGAAGAGUAAUGUAAAUGUAUUCAGCUCUAUUUAAAAUUAUAAUUGUAAGUAAUAAUAAGUUAUAAACAAAAUGAAGUCAGAGCAAGCGGAAGAUGUUGAAAAUCCGGAUCAAGUUGCCGGCGAUGUAAUUGGUAACACAGCAUACAGCGAGCGUUUUGUUCUAAAGAUUUUACUUAAACUCGCUAAUUUGGAUACAUUAAAAGAAGAAAUAAAAGAAAAAUCAUUUGAAGAUGAUAUUUGCAUACUGUGGGACAUGACUACUGAGAAGGAUGUUGUGUUAUUUCUUCAGAAACAUGAAGUUUUGAAACUUAUUAAUUUCGCACUACCCGUUAUUGAAGUCUCGAGAAUCAUUGAGAUAAUUAUCGGUAUCAUUGGAAAUAUGUGCUGCCAGAAAGAAGUUGUGAAGGUUUUAAUGAAGAUGGACGGUUUAUUAGCUACUCUUAUUGAAUAUAUAAAUACAGACGACAGUUUAGUAUUAGUUCAAUUGCUAAGGUUAGUGAGUGGUUGUUUGUAUUUGGCGAACGACGAGGAGAUUGAAAUUUGGAUGAAUCUGUUCGCCUCUGUCGAGUAUUCUUCAGCUUUAUAUUUUAUUCUACUAAACUCAUCACACAAAGACUUAUUGAUUACAGCCUUAGAGAACUUAAAUACUGUGUGUUCAAACUGUAAUACUGAAAAGUUUCGGACAAAGUUCUACACUCACUUUGUCUUACAACAUGCCAUAGACUCUCUAACUGCAGCCUUCACUGAGAUAACAGUGAAGAGGAAAGCAACAUGUUCUAAGGACAAGUUAGAAAGAGUUCAAAUUAUCAGUCUCCAAAUAGUACUGAACUUUGUUGGAUUUGAAAAUUCAUAUGAAAUGUAUGAGGGUAGUAUAGAGAAUGUCAUUACACUUAUAAAUGUUGUACUGAAAUAUUACGAGGAGAAGUUGGUUGUUAAUAAAGAGAUUGAUACAGAUUUAAUAGACAUUCUAUCGUCAACUAUUACUAUUGUAGAUGUAUUAAAAAUAACUGAUUCUCCUGAGAAAUAUUUUGAGCCAACAUACAAUAUUUGGAAUGCUACUUCAGCUAUCCUGCAGACCGAUAAGAAUGGCUCAUCUUUUGAAGAAAAUGAUAGAGAGGAAUUAAAAGAAUUUAUAGCUAAAGUAAGGAAGCCUUUAGCUGUGCUGAUGUGUUAUUAUUUAGGGAAUGUAUCCGAAGACAAUUUUUAUGAAGUAAUUGAAAUUGUGGACACUGUUUAUGAAGAGAUUCUAACCUGGGUGACCAAUGAACCCUUAGCAACGAAUACAUCUAAAAGAGUAACUAAAUAUAGAAGUGGUAAGAAGAAGAAGUUCAAUGUGGUUUUGGAAUAAAUAUGUUUCUUUUUUUAUCUUGACAAUCUGUUUUAUUUUUCAAUUGUUAGGUACUAUUUG